AUGCUGCAGUUCCAGCUUGUUGUGGUGCAUUUGGCCCUUGUGAUUGCGGUGCUGCAGUGGCACUCCAGCUCAGCGCUCCUCGUGCAGGCGGCACCACAGCCUUUGGAGCCUUCUGCUGCUCUGGGCAUGGGAGCACAUCCCAUUGCCAGCGAAGAGAAGUCAGCCACCAACCUGGCAGCCAAACUCUUCGUUCUUGAUGAGCUGGUGUCUCUGGAGAAUGAGGUGACUGAGACCAAGAAGAAAAGAAGUUUCCCAGGAUUUGGCUCCCCGAUCGACAGGAUUUCUUCGACCUCUGUGAAUCCUAAAGGCAAACAGAGGAAAGUGGUUGAGCUGCCUAAGAGACGGUUUGGAGUUCCUCUUGACCGGAUUGGAGUGAGCCGUCUCGGCAACACUAAGGGUUAG